AUGCUAUACUACGUCAUAACAUUACUAAGUGAAAUUUACUGCAAUGGCCCAAUACUUCAAGCUGUUCAGGAUGCAAAAUUGUAUCCGGAUUCUAAAUACUUUGUAGAUAUGCCACUUAAACAUGAUCCAGUUUCGACUUUAAAAGACUUUUAUGAACUUGGCGAAACGGUGAAUAAUCGAACUGUUUUACAAAAAUUUGUGGAUGAUCAUUUUGAUCCUCCUGGAUUUGAGCUGGUGGAACAUUAUCCGGAGGAUUGGGUUUCAUUUCCGUCAAGUUUUUUGAAUAUAGAAGAUUAUCAUCUGAGAAGAUGGGCUCUUCACUUACAUCGUAUUUGGCGUGAUCUUUGUCGCGUUGUAAGUGCUUGUUUUUAUUUUCAUUUUUUUACAUUGUUAUUUCUGUUAUCAUAUCAUAAAAUGAUUUUGACACGUUUGAUUAUCAAGCAUUUUAUGUCUUCCUUAUCUUCAAUAAUUGUUUAGUG